AUAACCUUUCACUCGAAACCUUCAUAGUCAUAUCAUAUGUAUAAAAGUAUUAAUUGCAAGGAGGUAGUAAAAUGAUUUAAAUACUUGACUCUCUGUAAUGAGUGACAUUUCCUAGCAAUACAGAUCAUCGAACACAAGCCAAUCGUGAAUAAUAAUAAUAAUCUAAAGCUUUCACUUCUCCAUCUUUGAUUCUUCAUAAGAAUGGCAACGCCGUUGAUUGCUGGUCUUGCUGUUGCUGCUGCUGCUCUUGCUGGUAGAUAUGGAAUACAAGCAUGGCAAUCAUUCAAGGCACGUCCGCCUAAACCCCGAAGAUUUUAUGAAGGUGGCUUCCAACCUACAAUGACCAGGAGGGAAGCAGCUCUCAUUCUUGGCGUAAGGGAGAGUGCCGCUACAGAGAAGAUCAAGGAAGCUCAUAGAAAGGUAAUGAUUGCAAACCAUCCUGAUGCCGGUGGCAGCCAUUACCUUGCCUCUAAAAUUAAUGAAGCUAAGGAUGUGAUGCUUAAGAAGCCCAAAGACAGUGGCUCGGCCUUCUAAUAUCAUUGAAUAAAUUGCAUAACCCCUCAGAAAUAAGAUUAUUUUCCUUUCUUCUACAGUCUACACCAAAACCAUGACAUAUGAUGCCCGCUUCUACAUCUUCAAAGUGAGUUAAGGAACUUAAAACCUUCUAUUUUUUUUAACUUCGAAUCGUUCGAGAAAAUAGGAAAAGUGGAUGAGUAUGUACAGGCUGAGUUUGUGCUUCCUGAGCAGUUGGCUUCUAUUCACGAGCGUGUGUAAUAGUUGGUAAACACCUAAGUCGUUGAGUUGAAAUGGCAUUCAUUUUUGUUGAAA